UCUGAAACCAAGUUUCCCCAGUAGCAGCAAGUAGGUGACAGGGUCUAGCCUUUCGAUUUCCCCUUUAAAUCUCCAACCAAGUAACAGCAUCAGGGAAGUUUUAAUAGCGAGGAAUCACCAGCGAUUAAUCCAUCCACUGUAACGGACUCAAGGGCAACGUGUUCGUCAUGUUUGCGUCAAGAGGUUUCCGUUAAUGGGUAAUUAAAGCCGGUAGCUAACUGCUAAGCGCUAGCAUAGCUAUCUAAGCAUUUCGCCGGUACAGGCGGACCUCUUUGUCUGACAGGGGAAGGCGUGCUCUUUUGUUCGGCUUUUCCUUUGUCCAGUGAGGGAAAGAGGAACUGUUUGGUCAGGAUUUCACAACUAUCCGCAUUUCUGAAAGCAUUUGGAAAAUGCAAAAGGCUAAAAAAUAUUUCACAGAAGGCCUUAUUCAGUUAACUAUCUUACUGAGUUUGAUUGGAGUGCGUGUGGACAUCGACAGCUACUUAAGCGGCUACUACUCACCAUUGAUUGAAAUUAACGUGGGUCCUAGCUCAGCCUACACCCAGACACCCUUUCAUAAUUUGAGAGACACUCUUGACGGAUAUAGUGUGCACCCCAAAUGUCCCGAGUUGGACUAUUUCUUUGCAAGCCGUCGGCUGCUAGACGAGGUGAGGACACUUGGCUCUCCCCGGUUCCCCACACAGUUGAGCGCAUGGCUGGUUCACCAAGUGUCUGCCGCUGACCAGGCUGACUGUGGGCCUUCAACAAACAACAACAACAACAGUAGCAGCAGCAGUUCAGGGUUACAAAGCCCCGGGGAUGGCGUCGGGGAUGACCGUGAACACCUGCCUGACUCUGGCCAAGAGGUGUACCAAACAACUCAUGAACUCGGACAUGGGCCCUGUAGCGCUGGAGCCUGUGUGUUUCUUAAAGAGGAAAAUGAUGUUAAAGAGGAGGAAGAACCUGCUCCAAUCACUCAGCACACUCACAGUUCCACACUGGAACAAGAGAGUCUUUUUGAAGACAUCACUGCGCUGUCUAACCCAGUAAUCCACCAUCCUCCUCCUAUUGAUAUCGACCAGCACUGGAGCAAUUUGCUCUCUCUGUCUGUCACUGACCUUGAUGACUUGGACUCCCUUGUUGCGGAUACAGACAUCACAAGCGCAAUCAGCCAGAAUGUCAGUUUGCAUGAUGCUAUGGUCACCUCUGCUGGGGUGUCUGGUGUGGCAUCAGAAAGAGGAGAGGCCAGACUAGUCACCCAACAAGGAACACUCUUCCGACUGGAAUCAAUAGGCUCCUCCCACUCAGACGUCUCACCAGGGAUGGCCCUGGGCCUGGCUGCUCUGCCAUUUGCUUCAGUAUGUAAUUUAACUGGAAAUGAGUCAUCUCAUAGUGCACUGGGUGGAUGUCUGGAUGAGGCAGUGUUUGACCAGAUCAAUCAGCUAGGUUUAGAAGGCCUAGACUCCAUGGACUCUCAACUAAUGAGCAGUUUUGGGAACAUAGCCCCACAUGCUCUUGAGGACCUGGACUCGGACUCUGGUCUCUCCUUGGAGAGCAGCUCUGGAGGCCCAAUUUCCCCAGGGUCAUCUGAAAUGUCAUCGUCAUCAUCCAGCUCAUACUGUGAGGAUGAGUGUGGAGCAACUGGUUACAGUAGUGAUGCGGAUCUAGUCCCUUCAAAAGGCAUUGCAGGCUACACGACAGCAUGGUCACCAUUUGAUCUGAGCGAGAGUGUGUGGCAUGACCACAGCUAUUCAUCAACUGCUUUCCUGAACCAGCCUGCAGUCACACUGCACCACAAAGGCAUCAAAGAGGAGCCUCUUAGCGACAGCGAUGAGCCAACGCUAGAUGAACGGGAUAUGAGUCGCGAUGAGCUGCGUGCCCGUGCCAUGUACAUCCCAUUCUCUGUUCUGCAGAUUGUCAACAUGCCUGUGGAGGAGUUUCUUGAGGUUCUUGAUGGUCAUGGCUUCUCUCCUGAACAGGUGAACCUCCUCAGGGACAUCCGCAGGCGGGGGAAAAAUAAAUUGGCGGCACAAAAUUGCCGCAAGCGCAAAUUAGAUGCCAUUACAGGACUCCAGGAGGAGGUGGAAAUGCUGCAAGCUCAAAGAGACAGGCUACUAAGGGACAAGCAGGUUACAGCUAAGACUAUGGGUGCUGUGAGCCAACAGAUUAAGCAGCUGACCAGAGACGUUCUGGCCCGACUGAGAGAUGGUUCAGGACAGCCUCUGAAUCCAGAAAGAUUCACCCUGCAGUGCGGGGCUAACGGUAGAGUAGUAGUUCAGCCAUUAAGAAGACCUACUGUCACCACCUCAGCUGGCAACAAAACAGACAAGAGGAAGAAGGACAAAAGGCAGUGAUGCUGUAUUGCCAGCUAAGACUUAAAAUGUUGAGAUUUUUUUUUUUGGAGAUUUCUGAACUUCUUUGCCUUACUCCGGUUUUGGGAUCUCCUUUUAUUAAAAGUGUGUGUGGAUUCACCACUAUUGGGAGCCUAAGGGGCAAAAGGUGCAAAAAAAAUCUCUGUAAAUAAAACAUCUCAUGGGGAAAAUGUAGCUCAGACACUGGACAUGCUUUACUCACCAAAGGUGAUUGAAGGGAACAACUAAGCUGCUGGCAAUGCUGACAGUCUCUUUUUGUGCCUGCUAAACAUUAAAACCAUUGUGUUUUUUUGUUUCUACUUUUAGACACUCGCAUCUAAAAUGUAACAUCAUUGGCCAGCAUUGUGUCAGUUACUAAAUAGAAAUCUAGGAGGAGGAUCUGUUGUUUUUUUUUUCCACGUAAUCUCACUUCUCAAGGUAAUCAGUUUACGAAGUGUGAUUUGUAUUUAUUUAAGUUUUUGAGGUCCUGAAAUGCUUAUAUGAACCACACAGCUGUCAAUGGCAGUAUCUUUUUUUCACAAUGGAAGCUUUAUCUCAAAGUUUUAAGAAUAUUGUGACAUAAAGUAAAGUUUACAUAUUUUUUCUCAUUUUUGAGGGCAUGUAGUGUGAAGGUUUGUUCCUUUCUUUAAAGUUUGGUAUACCAAUGAUUGAAUUGACAAUAGCCUUCAUUUGCAUUUGAUUUUGGUUGUGUGUAUAUACAUGCACAUAACUAACAAUAUUUUUAAGAGGCAACCAUUUAAUGUUUAAAUUUAACAUUGAGUAAUUAUCCCAUAAGUAAAGUAUUACAAGUUCUGACAAGAUUAUAUUCUACCUCUUGCCUUAGUUAAUAGAUUUGGCUCAAUUAGAACUGACCCUUUUGUAGGAGAGCUAAGUUGCACUCUUGCUAAUGAAUCUCUCGUUUUUAAAAUGGCCCUCAAUGGACCUAAACCACAUUGUUCCUGAAAAAGAAAAAAAAAAUACAAUCACCAAUUCUAUUUAAUAGGUUUGAAUGUUUCUUUUUAUGUAUUUGAGAUUAUCUGAGACUUUAAGCAUUUAGUAGAAGUUGCCACAGACACAUUGCUUUAUACAGUAAGCAGAUUGAGUGAAUGAAAUGGGGUAAGAAACUUGCAUGAAGUUGUUAAUAAUGUGGCUCCAAUAAUUUUCCUCCCAGUCCCUAACAAAUGUGUAUUAAAAUCUAUGGUUUGACCAAAAGUUUACUGUUUCUAUACAAGCAUAGGGAACUUCAUUUUUUUUUUUGCAGGUGUUCUU